UUCGCACGCUCUCUUAAUUCCUUCCCGCUUCUCCCUUGGUGGCAUUUGUUCGUUUUGGACCUCUCUCCCGCUCUUCGAUUCAUAGAAGCAUUUCUAUUGCCUUCUUUAACUCUCUCAAUCUGGAUCAGGAACGUUCGCUUUCACUUUCUCUUGCUCUCCCUGAUUGAAUCUCAUCUGAAGAAUUUCUCGGAAAAAAGCAAACAAAAAAAGAAAAAAAGAAAAAAAAAAGAAGGUACUGUUGGAUAUGGUAGGUGUACGUAUCCAGCUAAAUAAAUGGCAGCAAGCAGCUGUUGCACUUGGUUCAGCAGUAGGCGCCUUGCUCGAUCCACGCCGAGCAGAUCUAAUAGCAGCUCUUGGGGAGACAACCGGAAAGCCAGCAUUUGAAAGAGUCCUCGAGAGGAUGAAAAGAAGUGCUGAAGGCAGAGCAGUGUUGUUGGAGCGACCACGUGUUUUAUCAUCAGAAGUUGGGCAUGCGUGGGACCUUCCAUCCAACACAUUUGGCGCUGCAUAUGCCAAUUUUAUGGGUUCCAGGAACUUUUCUCCAGAUGACCGGCCUCCUGUUCGAUUCAUGGAUACUGACGAACUGGAAUAUGUUGCCAUGCGAGCUCGCGAGAUUCAUGACUUUUGGCACACGCUUUUUGGUCUUCCCACCAACUUGAUUGGUGAGUCGGCAUUGAAGGUUAUUGAAUUUGAGCAAAUGCACCUCCCAAUGUGCAUGCUGUCCGUUUUGGGAGGCACAGCAAGGUUCAAUGAUAAACAGAGAAAUUUGUUCUUCCAGCACUACUUCCCUUGGGCCAUCCGUGCUGGCAUGCGGUGCAAUGAUCUCAUGUGCGUAUAUUAUGAGCGACACUUCCACGAGGAUUUGGAUGACGUGCGGGCGAAAUGGGGAAUAAUUCCUGCACCUCCAUCUCCAAAAGGUCUCAUUGAUAAUCCAUAGCAAAGUAUGGGAAUGCGACCCCAACCAGCUCAUCACCGUCCAUCUCCAUGCUGACUUCGUUCAUGGAUGCCACGGAAUAUUCUCCUGAUAAGGUGGACAGGUGUUUGUUUGAUGCUUGUUUGGGGGAGGGAUUUUCUCUCUUAGAACAUUGUUUGGCUACACAUCUAUGUGCAGUGUGUAGGUAUCUCUCUUCACACCCUAUUAAAAUUCUUGAACAUUAAUUGGCUACACAUAAUACUUUGUUGU